AUGAAUGACAGUGACCAGCAACUUCCGGAAGUUGUGCUCCGUGACAUCGAGCCUGUUCUGCGUCAGAGGCUUGGGGACAAUGUGAUCGUCAAAAAUUUCACUACUAAAUCACUAUUGCCACCUGGAGAAAAUUACGGAAGUACAAUCCUAAGUGUUCACGUCGAACUGAAGCAUAAAAACACUGAGAAAAAGGAGGAACUUCAUCUUAUUGCGAAGAUGUGCCCGCCGACAGAAUUUCAGAGGCGCAUCUUCAACAGUUCUCGUACAUUUAUGAAAGAAACAUUUAUGUACGAUUCUAUUAUGCCAACUUACAAUAAAUUGGAAAUCGAAUGUGGAUUGAAGAAGAAUGAGAUAUUUGAGGUUCUGCCGAAAUUCUACGGUUCCAGGCUAUCUCUGCAUCCGGAUGGGGAGUUCGACGAUAAUGCUGUUAUUCUGAUGGAGAACUUGAAAAUUGAGGGUUAUUAUACCGGUGACAGAAGUAUAGGUUACGAUCUGGAGCACUCAGAGAUAGCGGUUAAAGCGUUAGCGAGAUUUCACGCCUUGGGAAUGGCCAUGAAAGAGAAAAAACCCGGGAUCUUCGAGGUGUACAAGAUGCACGCCAAGUGUUUACAAGUCGACGGGGAUACGGACAACAUUUUCAGAUUGAUUCUACAGCGGAUCAAAGACGACCCAGAAAUAAACACUUAUUACGAUAAAUGCCAUAAAGUUCUGACAGGAUUGAAGAUAAACGAACUAUGGGCGGAAUUUUCCCGGGAACCAUGGACGAGUAUCAUUCACUCAGACUUCUGGGUGAACAAUGUGAUGUUCCAUCGUAGCGAUAAUGGUAAAAUCGACGACGUGAAGUUCGUUGAUUUCCAGAUCUACCUUUACGGAAGCCCUGUUCGUGACCUGAUCUUUUUCCUUUACUCGAGUGUGGAUAUCGAGGUAACAGAAAAUCAGAUCGAGGAUCUGAUGGAUCUCUAUUUCGAGAGUUUGGUAAACACGUUGAAGAAAAUGGGAUGCAACACGGACGCGUUCAACAAAGAGGAUUACAAGACGAAAAUGGCAGAAGAUGCUGCACGAGAGUUCAUGCAUUUGUGCUUUAUGCUGAAGGUCCUCACGUUGGAUGUAAAAGAGAUCAACGAUUUCAGUUACGACAAGAUGCAAACGGUGAUGGUCGAGUACGCUGGAAGUAAAACGUUUAACGAACGGCUACGCAGGCUGGUACUGUGUUUUGUUAACCGCAAUUGGUUGUAAAUAGAAAAUUAUCACGAUGAAGGUGGAACGUGUCUUUUUCGUACAAAGUAUAUACCUUCGCACCCUAAUCGCAAAUACCCUAUUUUAUCUCAUUUUAUCACGUGAAUGGAAAUAUCAUUUGCAAUCAAUCGACCCAAUCUGUAAUCUGCGUGGAUUUAUGUACAAUCAGAUUCAGAUGGUAUUGGCAGCGAAAUAAACUGAUUGUUUUUUAUCGGGUCACACAGCGACGAGAUAUCAUUCCUAAUAUAUUUGGCAACAAAUAAGAAAGAAGAGUUUGGUCAAAGUGGAGAAUUUCUUUGUUUCUUUUUUUUACAAACUCAUCGGAUCGAUAAGAUAAAAAGACUUCUGAAUAGGCAACUUUAUAUCGA